AAAGUGAAUAGUAUUUCCAAAUGUUAAUGAUUUUAAAUGGAAUAUAGGCCUUUAACACAAGAAUUAAUUGCUCAAAGACAUGAGCUUGCAAGACGAAGACAUGCAGAAAAAUUGGUAGCCAGUCAAGGACAAGAGCUACCAGAACAGGCCCUUUCUGAAAAUGAAUCUGAACUGACUGUGAAGACUGGUGAGACAAAAGGUGAUGAGCAGGAGCUCACUAGUCAAACAGAGAGCAUGACCCUAAAAACUGUGAAACAAGAAGCAGACAAGGAGUCUUUCAUUGCUUUUGCUAGAGUGUUCAGUGGUGUGGUGCGAAGAGGGCAAAAGAUCUUCGUUCUGGGACCAAAAUAUGAUCCUGCUGAAUCUUUGAACAAGUUACCAUCAGGUUGUUCUGCUGCAGAUGAUCUGCCAUCAAUACCUCACAUGGCUUGCUGUACAUUAGAGAAUCUCUAUUUGCUGAUGGGAAGAGGACUGGAGGAUCUAGAAGAAGUGCCUUCAGGCAAUGUUCUAGGAAUAGGAGGUUUGCAAGAGUUUGUACUGAAGUCAGCAACUUUAUCAACGUCACCAGCUUGCCCACCAUUUACACCUCUCAACUUUGAAGCUACCCCUAUUGUGCGAGUUGCUGUUGAACCAAAACAUCCAAGUGAGAUGCCUCAGUUGGUCAGAGGAAUGAAACUUUUAAACCAAGCUGAUCCAUGUGUCCAAGUUUUAAUCCAGGAGACAGGAGAGCAUGUAUUAGUUACAGCAGGAGAAGUCCAUCUCCAGCGCUGCUUGGAUGACUUGAAAGAAAGGUUUGCAAAGAUACAAAUUAGUGUAUCAGAACCAAUUAUCCCAUUCAGGGAGACAAUAACAAGACCCCCAAAAGUUGACAUGGUGAAUGAGGAAAUAGGAAAACAGCAGAAAGUUGCAGUCAUACACCAGGCUAAAGAGGACCAGAAUAAAAUCCCUGAAGGAGUUCAAGUUGAUUCUGAUGGCCUCAUAACAAUGUCUACACCAAAUAAAUAUGCCACUCUCAGUGUAAGAGCCAUGCCACUUCCAGAAGAGGUAACUCAACUCCUUGAAGAAAACAGUGACUUAAUUCGUACUAUGGAGCAAUUCAACUCAUCUUUGAAUGAGGACAAAAAAAUGCAUGAAAUUAAUCAAAAGAUCCUUGACAGGAUCCAGGAAUUUAAACAAAAAUUAGAGAAAAAUCUGCAAGGAAGAAAGUGGAGAAAUGCUGUUGAUCAGAUCUGGUCAUUUGGCCCACGAAAAUGUGGGCCUAAUAUUUUGUUAAGUAAAUUUGAAGGCUACAAAAAAACAGUGUGGCAGUGCCUUGAUAAGACUACUAAAGAAGUGAGUAAAUAUCGAGAUUUUGACAACAGCAUAGUAAGUGGGUUUCAGUUGGCUACGCUUUCAGGUCCCAUGUGUGAAGAACCUCUCAUGGGUGUCUGUUUUAUAGUGGAAAAAUGGGACAUGAAUAAAGCAGAAGAGCAAAUGUCAGCUAAUAGGCAGGAUUCUGAAGAAUUGGAUGCUACAGAACAGACAAAAAAUGAAGACAAAGUCACCUCUCUGCCAAGUAGUUAUCCCAUUGAAUCAUCCAGCGAAAAUAAAAAACUUCAGGAUGGCAGUCAAGAUAGUCCAAAUUCAUCUGAGAAAUCAAGUAAACGCAAGGGAGAAACUUUGCUUGCAGAUUGUUAUGGCCCUUUCUCUGGACAACUAAUUGCCACCAUGAAGGAAGCUUGUCGUUAUGCAUUACAAGUGAAACCACAGAGACUUAUGGCAGCCAUGUACACGUGUGAAAUUAUGGCCACUGCAGAAGUUCUAGGUCGUGUAUAUGCUGUCUUGUCCAAAAGAGAAGGCCGAGUGUUACAAGAGGAGAUGAAAGAGGGAACUGACAUGUUUAUUAUUAAGGCAGUGCUGCCAGUAGCAGAAAGCUUUGGGUUUGCUGAUGAAAUCAGAAAGAGAACAAGUGGCCUGGCCAGUCCGCAGCUGGUGUUCAGCCACUGGGAGGUAAAAGAUCUAUUCAUUCCAUUUGUUUUGUCACAACAGGAAUAUUGUGUGAUCACUAAUGAUGGAAAAGAAGAAGGGACUAUGCAGUCACAACGGAAAGACCCACACUGUGAAAGUGUGGGAACACCUGCUGUAGUACGCUUAGGAAACUACUUUUGUUCUCUCUCAGUGGUGGUACCACGCACCAGUAUUACAGAAUGUGGUCUGCCAAGUGCUUAA